CCAUUUCCUUGUUUCCAAAGAGCAAAGAACCAGCAAAUCACAUUUACAAGAUCCGAGGCUGCUCCAAAGCUCACCCUUUCAGUCAGCCAGCUCCGUAACCUAUAAAUUAGGCCCACGAAAGGGUUAGUUCCUUGAGAAAAUAAGACUGAAGUUCGUCGUGAGAAAUUGGUACCCAAUUCAGAGAAAAUAAUUCACCAAAAAGGAAAUGACCAAUUACCUGAGAUUCAGAAAUGGCGGAGGACUGGCCCUGCUGUACGCGCUUCUGGGGACGCUGUGCAAGACCGGAUGCGGGCAGAUCCGCUAUUCGGUGCCAGAGGAGCUGGAGAAGGGCUCCUUCGUGGGCAACAUCGCCAAGGACCUGGAGCUGGAGCCCCAGGAGCUGGCGGAGCGGGGAGUCCGCAUCGUCUCCAGAGGUAGGACGCAGCUCUUUGCUCUGAACCCGCGAAGCGGCAGCUUGGUCACUGCGGGCAGGAUAGACCGGGAGGAGCUCUGCGCUCAGAGCGCGCGGUGUCUGGUGAGUUUUAACAUCCUGGUUGAAGACAAAUUGAAAAUUUUUGAAGUAGAGAUAGAAAUUAAAGACCUUAAUGACAAUGCUCCUGAUUUUCUAACAGAGGAAUUGGAAAUAAAAAUUGGUGAACUAACGGUUCCAGGAACUCGAUUUCCACUUAAGACUGCAUUUGACCCAGAUGUGGGCAUGAACUCUCUGCUGAACUAUCAGCUCAGCCCCAAUGACUACUUCUCCUUGGCUGUGAAGAGUGUCUCUGAUGGGGCCAAGUACCCAGAGCUGGUGCUGCAGCAGGCUCUUGACCGUGAGGAAAAGAAAGUUCACCAGCUUGUCCUAAUUGCUUCUGAUGGUGGCGACCCUGUUCAUUCUAGCAACUUGCGCAUCCAAGUGAUAGUGCUGGAUGCAAAUGACAAUCCACCAGUAUUUACUCAGCCUGAGUAUCGAGUAAGUGUUCAGGAGAACUUGCCGGUAGGCACCUGGCUGCUCACGGUGAAUGCCACUGACCCUGACGAGGGAUUUAAUGCUCAAGUAUCCUAUGUACUAGAUAAAAUGCCUGGGAGAAUUGCUCAGAUUUUUAAUCUCAACUCAGUGACUGGGGAUUUAUCAAUAUCACAAAGCCUAGAUUAUGAGGAUGCUACUUUCUAUGAAAUUAAAAUUGAAGCACAAGAUGGACUAGGUCUCCUUUCAAGAGCUAAGAUUCUGGUCACAGUUCUGGAUGUGAAUGACAAUGCCCCGGAAAUUACGAUUACUUCUCUCACAGGAUCAGUCCCAGAAGAGGCUACUGCUGGAAGGGAAAUUGCCCUUAUCAACGUGCAUGAUCGGGAUUCGGGGCAAAAUGGGCAAGUCACAGUUUUUGUUCUGGGAAAUAUGCCAUUUAAUUUAGAAAAAUCGAUAAACCGAUAUUACCGCUUAGUGACAGCCAGAUGCCUGGACCGUGAACAGGUGUCCGAAUAUAACAUCACUCUGAGAGCUACAGAUUGGGGAAGUCCGCCGCUGUCCACAGACGCACACAUCACCCUGCAUGUGGCGGAUAUCAAUGACAACCCACCUGCUUUCACUCAUGCCUCCUAUUCUGCCUACAUUCCUGAAAACAACCCCAGGGGAGCCUCCAUCUUCUCUGUGACCGCCCAGGACCCUGACAGCAUCGAGAACGCCCACAUCACCUAUGCACUGACUGAGGAUGCCUUCCAGGGGGCACCUCUCUCCACCUACAUCUCCAUAAACUCGGAUACCGGAGUCCUGUAUGCCUUGUGCUCCUUCGACUAUGAGCAGGUUAGAGACCUGAAACUAUUGGUGACAGCCAGUGACAGCGGGGACCCUCCACUCAGCAGCAACGUGUCUCUAAGCAUACUCGUGCUGGACCAGAAUGACAAUACACCUGAAAUCCUAUACCCCACCCUCCCCACCGAUGGUUCCACGGGUGUAGAGCUGGCACCCCGCUCUGCAGAGCCCGGCUACCUGGUGACCAAGGUGGUGGCUGUGGACAGAGACUCAGGCCAGAACGCCUGGCUGUCCUACCGCCUGCUCAAGGCCAGCGAGCCGGGACUCUUCGCGGUGGGGCUGCACACGGGCGAGGUGCGCACAGCGCGGGCCCUGCUGGACAGAGACGCGCUCAAGCAGAGCCUGGUGGUGGCGGUCCAGGACCACGGCCAGCCCCCUCUCUCCGCCACAGUCACUCUCACAGUGGCAGUAGCUGACAGCAUCCCAGACGUCCUGGCCGAAUUGGGAAGCCUCAAGCCCUCAGCAGACCCUGACGACUCAGGCCUCACGCUGUACCUGGUGGUGGCAGUGGCCGUAGUGUCCUGCGUCUUCCUGGCCUUUGUCGUCGUGCUGCUGGCGCUCAGACUGCAGUGCUGGCACAGACCGCAUGUGCUGCAAGCUUCGGGAGGUGUACCAGCGGGCGUACCCGCCUCUCAUUUUGUGGGCGUGGACGGGGUGCGAGCUUUCCUGCAGACCUAUUCCCAGGAGGUCUCGCUCACCAGGGACUCGCGGAGGAGUCACUUGAUCUUCCCGCAGCCCAACUACGCGGACACGCUGAUCAGCCAGGAGAGCUGUGAGAAAAGCGAGCCUCUCCUGAUAUCUCAAGAUUUACUUGAAAUGAAAGGAGAUCCCAAGCAAAUUCAGGUGAGCUUAUUUCUUUUGAACAUUAUAAAGAACACUUAUGCCAGUGUGGUUAUUAUAAAGCUUUAA